GCCCCGCACAUGUGCAUUCAGCGUGUCUCCAGGAAGGCAGAGUGUGUGGGGGUGCGCUGCAGAGACCAUGGGGGAACCGGCUGAGGGGGAGAACAAGUCCCUGAUAGAUCUCAAGAAUGACCCGGUGAAGAACUUCGAGCGCUGGAAGAAGAAGUACAACCAGAAGAAGGAGCGCUGCAAAGUCCACAGGAAGCAGACCAAGAAGCCGGAGUGGCAGAUUGAAAGGGAGGGCAUCAGUCACCUGGUGCGGCGCUACUCUGAGAUUAACCCCAGUGAAAUAGUUAAAUUUUCAGACUUCCCGGUGUCAAAAAAGACUCUGAGAGGUCUUGUUGAAGCUCAGUACCGGUUGCCCACUGAGAUACAAAAGCAGACCAUAGGCUUAGCCCUACAAGGGAAGGAUGUUCUUGGUGCUGCCAAAACUGGAUCUGGAAAGACUCUGGCAUUUGUUCUUCCUGCACUGGAAUGCCUGUACCGGCUGCAGUGGACGGCAGAUGAUGGACUCGGAGUCCUUAUAAUUUCCCCCACUAGAGAGCUGGCUUAUCAAACCUUUGAGGUCAUCCGGAAGGUGGGCCGGAUGCAUGAGUUCUCUGCAGGACUGAUCAUCGGAGGAAAGGACUUGAAGCUAGAAAGUGAGCGCAUCCAUCGCACCAACAUCCUGGUCUGCACCCCUGGGCGUCUGUUGCAGCAUAUGGACGAGACGUCCUCUUUUCACGCUUGUGAUCUCCAGAUGUUGAUUCUGGAUGAAGCCGACCGGAUCCUUGAUAUGGGAUUUUCAGAUACGAUGAACGCCAUUAUAGAGAAUCUGCCGGCAAAGCGACAAACUCUGCUCUUUUCUGCAACCCAGACAAAGUCAGUGAAAGAUCUGGCCCGCCUGAGCCUGAAAGACCCAGAGUACGUGUGGGUGCACGAAAACGCAAAGUUUAGCACCCCUGCAACAUUGGAGCAGAACUACGUAGUCUGUGAGCUCCCCAACAAGAUAAAUCUACUGUUCUCCUUCGUGAGGAACCAUCUGAAGAAGAAGAGCAUCAUCUUCUUCUCCAGCUGUAAAGAGGUGCAGUACCUGUUCAGAGUGUUCUGCAGGUUGCGGCCUGGUAUCCCCGUAUUGGCCCUCUAUGGCAAACAGCAGCAGAUGAAGAGAAUGGAAGUUUAUAAUGACUUUGUGAGAAAAAAGGCGGCGGUGCUUUUUGCCACUGACAUCGCAGCUCGAGGGUUAGAUUUCCCAGCAGUGAACUGGGUGCUGCAGCUGGACUGCCCUGAGGAUGCCAACACCUACAUACACAGAGUUGGGAGAACAGCCAGGUACAAGGAAGGAGGAGAAGCUUUGCUGGUGUUGCUGCCAUCUGAAGUGAAAGGAAUGGUACGACAGCUGGACGAGAAAAAAGUUCCCAUUAAUGAAAUAAAAAUUAACCCUGAUAAGCUGCUAGAUGUGGAAGGACGACUGAAAGCAUUUUUGGCCCAGGAGCAGGAGAUGAAAGAACGAGCGCAAAGGUGUUUUGUUUCCUAUUUGCGAUCUGUCUAUUUGAUGAAGAACAAGGAAGUAUUUGACGUCUACAAGUUGCCGCUUGCACAAUAUGCCCGGUCAUUGGGUCUUGCUGUGGCCCCAAGAGUACGAUUCCUUCAGAAGGCCCAAAACCCAAAGAGUUCUGAGACAAAACCAAAAGAUGACGCCCAGGAGUCCGGCACCAUCAGCGAAGAGGAGAUUGCAGACUUCAAAUCCCAGCUUGGUGACAAAAAUUCAGAUCAGACACCUAAAAGUAAUACAAAAAGCGAUGAAGAAACCAGUGGAGAAAGUGAGGAAGACGAGGACUCAGAAGAGAGGAGAGAGAUGGAAAGACAGACCGCCUUCCAGCUGAUUGAUGAAGAUGAGGAUGAUGACGACUGUCGAGAUGUGGAGAUCUUUACUGUAAAGAGAAGAGAUGUAUUUGGCGUUACUGCAGACCAAAAUGAUCCUGAGGAUGAAAUGACCAAAUCUAAACUUAAAAAAAUGGAAAAAGUGACCAGAGUGAAUGACGCCAAGAAAGUUUUGAAGAAGAAUUUUAAAGUCAAUACAAAGAUAGUUUUCGCUGAUGAUGGAGAGGCAGUCCAGCAGUGGCCCCCAAGACAGAAAGCAGCAGUAGAAGAUGCUGAGGAGGACAACGAUCAAAAUGGCAUCGAUUUGGCUAAAGCAAGACAACGGCUGACUGAAGAGGACAAAUACGAUAAAGAAGCAUAUAGGAAAAAAAUCAAGGAAAAACACAGGGAAAGAAGAUUAAAGGAGAAAGCUGCAAAGGCUGCAAGAAGAGAAGCUAAAAAGAAACCCGAGAAGGAUGAGGAGGAAGCUGUUGCUUACCUUGAUCGGGAUGAUAGUGAUGAUGAACUGGACCUCAGUGCCCUUCCCGACCCCGAUAAGUAUAGAGGUGAUGAUGAUGAUGAGGACCGUGGAAUUGAUGAUGAUGAGGACCAAAGAGAUGACUCCGGAGAAGACAGUAACAGUGACCACGAGGAGAAGCCACCGAGGAAGAGAACCUUCACUGGCAAAUCCAAGGUCCAAGAAGAAAAAACAGUGGCCGCCAAAAAGAGGAAGACGGCUCCGAGCUCAGGGGAACCGUUCGAGCCACUAAACACAGGACUUUCUCUUACAGAGGAUGAGGAACUGGUGUUACAUCUCCUAAGUAACAAGAGCUAGUUAUGUGCUCACCCGCUUUUGAUGUUUCCCAAAAUCCAUUUGGCUAUUAGGAAAUACAGUACUCUGAAAUGUUGAAAAGGCAGGGACUUGAAUCGAUACUUAAAGGGGUACUCCGGCGGAAAACUUUUAUUUAUUUUUUUAAAUAAACUGGUGCCAGUAAACAGAUUUGUAAAUUACUUCUAUUUAAAAAUAUUUAUCCUUCCAGUACUUAUUAGCAGCUACAGAGGAAAUUAUAUUAUUGUUGAAUUUCUUUUGUCUUAUCCACAGUGCUCUCUGCUGACACCUUUGUCCGUGUCAGGAACUGUCGAGAACAGCAUAGGUUUGCUAUAGGGAUUUUCUCCUGCUCUGGACAGUUCCUGAUAUGGGCAUCAGGUAUCAGCAGAGAGCACUGU